GAAGUGCGUGCUGUGCUUCCGGUUGUGCACGCCCAGCCUGGCUCCCGCGGAGCGGUGGUGCGGCCCGGGGCGCGUGGGGCAGCGAGCCGCCCUGGAGGAGGCGCAGGCGGAGGCGGAGGCGGCGGCGGCACGGCCCGAGGCGCGUGAGGACGAUGAGGACGAAGAGGAGGCGCUGCCGCACUCCGAGGCGGUGGACGUGUUCCAGGAGGGUCUCGCCAUGGUGGUGCAGGACCCGCUGCUCUGCGACCUGCCCAUCCAGGUCACUUUGGAAGAGGUCAACUCCCAAAUAGCCCUGGAAUAUGGCCAAGCAAUGACAGUCCGCGUGUGCAAGAUGGAUGGAGAAGUCAUGCCUGUGGUUGUGGUGCAGAACGCCACGGUCCUGGACCUGAAGAAGGCCAUCCAGCGAUACGUGCAGCUCCGGCAGGAGCGCGAGGGGGGCACCCAGCACAUCAGCUGGUCCUAUGUGUGGAGGACGUACCAUCUAACCUCUGCGGGAGAGAAGCUCACAGACGACAGGAAGAAGCUCCGGGACUAUGGUAUCCGGAACCGGGAUGAGGUGUCCUUCAUCAAAAAACUGAGGCAGAAAUGACCCUCCAAACAGGGACACUCUGUGCCGGUGGCCAAGCUCCUCCCCAGCGGGAGGACGCCUCGGGCACUGUCCCCUCUUCACAGGAGAGUGCUGGGAUGGACUUGCCCAGCUGGCACAGCUGGCACUGCCGGUGUGAGCCCCGGGCCUCGGGGGUGGGACUGGGUGAGCCAGUGUCAAGACCCAGGUUUGACCCCUUCUGGGCCCAAACACCCUCAUUUCACAGCCGAUCCCACAGGCUGUGGGCCUGGCCCUCUGUACGGAAUAAAUCUCUUUGCUUUCUA